CCUGGGGCUGUGGCUGCUGGCGGCGGCGGGGCUGUGCGGAGGAGUGGCGGCGGGCAAGUCCCCGAGCUGCCACGAAGUGAGGACGGCGUUUCAGCUGCGGCAGAUCGGGCCUUUCAAGCUGGUCCCCGACGUGCCCACGGCCGAAUCGGAUUUACAGAUCUGUCAACACCAAGCACCCACGUGUUGCACCAAAAAGAUGGAAGAAAGCUACCAGGCAGCUGUUCGAAGGGAGAGGACUCAGAGUAUCCAGGCACUGAACUUUGAACUGAAGUACAUGAUUGUUGGUCAUAUCACAGCUUUUCAAGAGGCUUUUGAGACUUCGCUUCGCUUUGCUGAAAACCACACAAGUUCCCUGUUUGAGACAGCUUACAGAGCCAUGGCAAAAGAAGCAGCAGAGCCUGUUAAAGAACUUUUUACAGACCUCUCUCUCUACAUUCUGGGUGCAGAGACUACAGUGGAAAGUGCAGUAUUACGUUUCUUUGACAGUCUCUUCCCUCUGGUGUACAGUCGACUGAUUAACCCAGGCAUUACAGAUUUAUCAGAGGACUACACAGAGUGCCUGCGGCUUACCAGGCAAGACAUAAAUCCCUUUGGACACUAUUCUAAAAACAUGGUUACAGAGCUGUCAAAAUCUCUUUGGGCAAGCAGGAUGCUCAGCCAGGCCCUCAGCCUGGGCAUUGAAGUGAUAAACACUACAGAACACGCAGCUCUCACCAAGGAAUGCAGCAGAGCUCUGGUGAAGAUGCAGUACUGCCCCCACUGCCAGGGCCUGACACUUAUCAGGCCCUGUGUUGGGUACUGUUUGAACGUGAUGAGGGGCUGCUUGGCCAGUGUGUCAGAACUGGAUGCACAGUGGAGAGAGUACAUCUCCACUCUGGAAUAUCUGACUAAUGAAAUGGCUGCCUCACAUGAUCUGGAGAUUGCACUGAUGGGAAUCAGGAACUCCAUCAACGAAGCAAUCCUGCACGCACAGUUGAAUGGACCACAGCUCUCUGCUACAGUUGAUAAAGUGUGUGGACAGCCCAAACAAGAAGAAGGGAACCUGUCAUCAGACAAUGUGGUGUCAGUGAAGGAAGUGACUGAAACCCAGAGAUUCGUGAUGGCUCACACCAGUCUGAACAAUAAAAGAAGUUCUCUGCCUCUGAAAGCUUCAAAGAAUGACAAAUCCAGAAGUUUGAAAAAAAUCUCUCGAGAGUUCAUCAGUUACAUGAAGCGAUCCCGAACCUUUUAUGCCUCAAUAGCAGAAAGGCUCUGUGAUGGAGACCUGGUGAUGAGAGACAGCUCGACCUGCUGGAAUGGAGAGGAUGUUGUGGAAAGUUACACUAGCAGAGUUGUUUCCAAUGGACUGAAGGCACAAAUUAAUAAUCCAGAACUGAAAGUCAGAGGAUUGGACCCACUCAUCAGUAAUUUAAUUGAUAAACUUCAGCACUUUAAUCAACUGGAUGCUGAGAAGGCAAAAUUAAAACUGGAAAAGUGGGGUUCCCAAGAUGCUGGCAGUGGGGGUGGAAGAAGUGAAGAGCUGGAGUCAAGCGGGGAUUGUGAUGACGAGGAUGGCUGCCAAGGCUCUGGUGACAGGAGUCACACAGCAGAUAUUCUCAAGGACAAGAAAACCCAUCCAGAAAACAGAAACGAACCAAACCCAACUGUGAAAAAGAUUGACACCACAACCACCACAAGCACCGUCAAGUCAUCCUCUAAACACAGUGUGACUGGAAAUGGGAGCAAUCCAGUCCCAAGUUCUUCCUUUGUUAUUGUAACAGCACUGGCAGUUCUGUGGCACUGCCCACUGUAGCUGCACUGCCUUGCAGUCACUAUGCAAGCAUUGCUGUCAUUUAUACCCACAGCCUUACCCAACUGAAAACAAAUUUAAAUGGCUCUCUAGUUUAUGUGGUAUGUUAAAAUAAAUAUUAAACAACAUGCUGGAGUAGGCAGAUACCAAGUGUCAUCACUUGCAGUGUCUGAAGAUAGCCUUUGACAAGGCCCACCCAAGAUCCAGAGGGAAUGAUGACAAGGUUCUGAGUAGCUUAAGUUAUGGGGUAGAAAGAAUUGAAAACACAAAAAUUGUCUAUGUGUGUGUUAUUGUUUUCCUCAAUUUCAUUCACUGGAAUCUGACUGGCUCAUUUAUUUGAUUUUUCUGUUAAGUUUUAUUAAAGGUCAGUCUUCAAA